AUGCCGCCGUUGGUGUCAUCCCUCGCGCUCCGCACUUUGCGGACCAUUGUCCAACGACCCUCGCUCUCGGCAAUCCCAUUCACCCCCCAAAUCGUCAUGCUCGAUUCCCCGGUUCCAGCCCCGGUGGCCGGCCUUGCAUUCCGCCAGUUCUCGACAUCUCCUCUGCACCAGGCAACAUAUAACCAAGUGCGGCGUGGAUGUCGUGUUGCGCAGCGUGUGCGUCGUUCCCGGUCCCCGGCGCUGGUCAACCGGGCCCAGAUGAAAGGCGUGUGUCUGAAGACGGGUAUUACGAAGCCGAAGAAACCUAACUCCGGUGAGAGAAAGACAGCUAGAGUUCGCUUGAGCAGUGGGAAGGUUGUCACGGCGUAUAUUCCUGGUCAAGGUCAUAACGUGCAGCAGCACAGCGUGGUGCUUGUCCGUGGUGGCAGAGCCCAGGAUUGUCCUGGUGUUAAGUACCAUGUCGUUCGUGGUGCAAUGGAUCUGGGUGGUGUUGCAAACCGGCUGACGAGCCGAUCGAAGUACGGCACUAAGAAGCCUAAGAAAGACUAG